AUGAUGAUUGUGCAACGAAGCAGGUUGUUGUUGUUUAGAGUAUUACGUCACUUUGUGCCCCGGUCUACCCUCUCCUCUUCUUCCAAGAUGGCGAACGAAGCCGAACAAACGAAUCUCAAACCUUUUCCGCAUUUCGGAACUUUGGCGAUCCAUGCUGGCCAAGAACCCGAACAGUGGAAUUCUAGGGCAGUUGUGCCGCCGAUUUCUAUGGCUACAACAUUUAAACAGGAUGACCCAGGAGUUCAUCGUGUGAGUUUCUCGUCAUCUCACGUGAAAAAUUUGCAACGAUCAACGCUGCUGUACCUCUGAUCUUUCUGCUUCUUCUAGGGAUUCGAAUACUCGCGAUCGGGGAACCCUACCAGGAACUGCUUUGAGGCUUGCGUUGCGGCUUUGGAGGGUGCCAAGCAUGGUAAGGAAAUAUAUAUAGCCUUUCUUCUCCACGUGAACCCCACGCGUGGAUACAAUUUUUGUUUUGGUUACUUAUAAGGACAUCACGAUUAGUCCACAUUAAAAGCUUUGAAGAAAACAGAAAUAAUUGCUGGAAAUAUUUUGUCAAACUGGUUUUCUUCUAAUGGAAAAUGCACAAACAUGUUUCUUGCCCCUGGGUUAAUUGGAAUUGCUUCAUGAGCAAUCCUGGCCGGGGUAUGAAAAAGUUUGAUGGCAAUCCCAAUCGUUUUCAUAAAAGAGCAGAGAUCAGAAAACCCUAACAAAUAACCUCAAUUGUGAAAAAUCUAUAAUACCUUUGUUAUGCUCUCUGACCUCUCUCUUCAGUAAACACAUCACGUUUCUUUUUUGGGAUUUGAUGAUUCUGGCAAGCUUUGAGACUCCCCCCCUUCCAACCUGGUGUUUCUGCUGACUGUCCCUAGGGGUGGGUAACAAGAAAUUUCCUGAACAUGUAAUCCUACUGAUGAAUGUUACUUAUGCAGUUGAGUCUACAAGUGAACAAUACAGACUUUGGCUUAUUUAUAAGAACUUUCAUUGUGUCUGGUAAUUCCACAACUAGAAAUAGUCAGACUUAGGGGAGUAUAGAGGGGAGAAUGAAUAAUGAGAACUGACUAAGAAGUACCAGUAUGUGUUACAAAAUUAUUAUGAAAUGUGCAAGUUGAUAUUAAUAAUUACUAAUGGCACGACCUCUCUAUUUCAACUCAUCCUUAGGCUUGGCUACCUCUUCUGGUCUGUCAGCCACAAUGUUAUUGACUCACUUACUUAAGAGUGGAGAACACAUUGUUUGUGUGGAUGAUGUUUAUGGAGGUAUGCAGUGAUUGAGUAUUAUUUAUAUGAUAUUUAAUAAUUAUUGGAUAGUGUCAAGCAAAAUCUUGAGAUUUGGCAAUGGAGAGCUGAUAAAUCAUUUGCUUUUGACUGGGAAAAAUAAUUGUUUGAUAACACGCAGACAAUUUGCAAUAUUUUAAGAUUACGAUACUCCAUAAUUGUUUUACCAUCAGACAACUGUUUUCAGGAAUCACAACACAAGAACAUGCAUACUGAUAUUAGGUUGUAAAGGGUUAAGCAUGGGAAAACCAUGUUGUAAAGUAGAGACAAUGUUUUACCAUUGAUGAUUUAAGGUUUUAAUAACCUGAUUCCUAAUCAUAAAAGUACAAGAGAGAUACACAAAAGUUAUGUAUACUGAAUAAGUUGUAAGUGAAUAAACACAGAAGACAUACACAAAACUAUUUCUUAUAAUAAAGUAAAGUAUGUAGAUUCCAAGUUUGCAACAUGUCACUAAGAGAGUUCUUUACAUGAUGUAUUUUAGUUGUAUGGUAUAUUUUUAUUACAGUAUACAACAAAUCAUUAUACCAGAAAGAAAGAAAGGAAGUAAUGCAUUAAACUUAUUAUGUGAAAGGCCCAAAAUUAUUGAAAGCACUAAGUUUGCCAUCAAAGUAAGCAACAUCAGCGUCACAUCAACAUCAUAAAUCACAGGAGUUGAAAAGUUUAUAGAGGCAAACCACAAAUUUAUGUCUAAAAACAAGUACAGACAGCUGUCAAGUGCUUGUUUUGACUUCCAGAUCUAGUGUGGACCCAACUUCUAUAAUACACAGCUUUUUUAUAAAAAACAUUUUAUCUGAUUUUUUUUUGUACUGACAGGUACCAAUAGGUACUUCUCAAAAGUGGCUGCUGCAAAUAUGGGAAUAGAAAUAUCAAUGGUGGAUGCAAGUGAUUUGAGUAAACUGAAAGCUGCCAUUAAACCUAAAACUAAGGUUAAAAAAAUUUUCAGUGGUGCUUUUUCAGCAAACUGUUAUAAUUACAUGUUACACAUUACUGAUGAAUAUUAGUAUGAUAGUUCAGAAGUCUCAUACAUUGAGGGUAAGCCAGAAGUUUUCAUGCAAAAGAAUGUAGUUUGCUUCUGAGUGAUCUCAAAAAAAUAUUUUGCUAAAUAAUUUUUUGAGGAUUGAGCAUUAAGAAGAGGAAUUAUUAAAAUUACUUCAUCUUUAAACAUGUUAUCUAUCAAUUUUUGACCUAAAUUAAAUAGUAAUCAAUUAAGCUUCAAUGAGGAGAAUGAUUGAACUUAUGAAAAAGGGGAUAGAGAAAUCUCCUCUUUACCUAUCAAUAAUUCUUUCAAUUUUUGCAGACGUUUUUGGAAGAGCUAAAUUAAGGCAACACACCCUCCCAAGGUGCAAAAAAAAUACUUUAAUAUACAUACUCUGCUUUUUUAGAUUUGAGGAAAAAAUUAAAUUUUAUUGCCUUUAAUUCAAUUUAGAUGGUAUGGAUUGAGACUCCAACCAACCCUCUACUGAAACUUGUGGACAUCCAAGGAGCUGCUGAGGUUGUUCAUCAACAUGAGGUACAUUUGGUUGCUGCAAGACAUUAAAGGUUUAGUUCAAAGCGACAAUUUGCUUUAAUGUGGUGUUAAUAAUUUUCUGUCAAUCUCUGCACCUGCACUACACUUUUCUUUUUAAAUCUGUUCCCCCAACUAGUCAAACAAAUGAAAACUUGUUUGAAUUGGUGCAAUGACCGCAGGAAAAAAAAUGACUCUCAAGAACUUGUAUUGGAAGCAGUUAACUUUAUGCACAGACCUCUAAGAAACAAACUCAGAGUUUCUCUGACCUUAGCUAUGUGGCUUGAGUGUCCAUCCACAUACUGGAUGCAGACGUUUCUCAAUAAUAACAUUAUCUCAUAUCCAUAAUCUUUUAUCUGACAGGAAGUUAUUUUAGUGGUGGAUAAUACUUUCAUGUCAUCAUAUUUUCAGGUAUUUGAGUGGCAUUACAUUUCUACCUGUUAAUUACCUUAGGAUAUGUAGGUUUCUUUUGAUUUUCUAGAGAUAAAUUUAUUAAAAGGCUAGAAAGGCAUGGGCAUAGUUGGUCAGUGAGAGUGUUUGUCGAGGAGUAGGCUGUAAUGAGUGCAGUGACUUAAAAUACAUACUAAAUAACUGAUAAUAAACAAUUAUUGGAUGAGGUUUUUGUGAUAUCCAGAAUAAUCAAGGUCUCAGUGAGGGUUAUCUGCUGAAGCUGAUAACCCUUACCAAGACCUUGAUUUUUCUGGAUAUCACAAACACCAAAUCUAAUAAUCGUUUUAUUAUACAUUGAACCAGAAAAAAAAAUUUUUGCCUCUUCACUGGUGGCAAGCAACACAAAGCUCAGAAACUUGACAUGAUUACCCUUAGAAAUCAUACACUGCAAUCAUACAUGACAAGAUAUCCCUUCAACCUUGAGUGACCUUAACAUGAUUAUUGUAUUAUAUGAAGCUAGAUAACAUCUCAGGUGCUGAUUUGGUAAAUUUACUGUAUGAUUCGGCAUAUUAGAAAAGAGAUAGUUACUUGAAUGUAUAAUAAUAUUUAAAACAGGAUUACCAAGUACUAGUUAAGAGAAGUACAAGCUAUUUUUUUAUAGCUUGUACUUCUAAAAAAAAAAUAAGGGAAUACCUUUUGGUGUUAUCUUGGCACCUUUUCACAGUGAAUAAAACAGACUGGUAAAAUCUUUAUCUUAUAUUAAAAUUUGUGAAAUAUUCCUUUGCAGCGCCCAUUGUCUCUUGGGGCUGAUGUUGUCAUGCACUCGGUGACAAAGUACAUGAAUGGUAUGGAGCUUUUACAUGAGGGUUUCAUUUUGAUAAUGUCUCUUUUUGAAAUUAUAGGCCAUUGCUGAGCUGUCUGAGUGUGAUAACUCUGGCUAAGUAGGAUACCUCACUUUGAUUUUUAAUAAAUAAUUAAGUUUUCUUACAUUUGGGGAGGGGCUAAAACUCUUCACUUGAGAAUGCGUCAACAUGAAAUUAAUGCUACAGCUGUUGCAAAAUUUCUGGAAGGAAACCCCAGGGUAGAGAAAGUUAUGUAUCCAGGUAUGUUAGGGAGGGGAGAGUUGCGGUGGUAUUUUCUAUGAAGAGGUCAGCUGCAAUGAAGUAACACACUGGCAGUUAGAAAUUGUAUGUUAGUUUGGUCACAAAUUGCUAAUAAGUUCUAUAGUGAAUGCAAAUUUUUCAAAGGUAGGUUUGGAGAACUAAUUGAAAGGCAUAUGGAAACAUGUGUGAAGAGAUAGCAUAUCUCUUAGUUAACCCUCUACACCCUAAAAUCAAUAUGUAGAUUCUCCAUACUGUUUUCUAAACAUUUCCUAAGGUGCUGAUAAGGAGAAUUUGUAUAACAAACAAGAGCUUCUUUGGUUGAUGAUCAUUUCCUGUAUUCUCAUGCCCUUAAUGUUUGAUUCUGGGGAUGAUGUUGUAAGGAGAAAUUACAUACUAGUCUCUUUUGGAAUUAAAGGGUUAAACAGACCUGCUCAAAAACUAUUGAUGAGGUAGAUAUAUUUACAUGGUACAGCAUCAUUGAUGUAAAACUUUUUUUCAGGUCUGGAAUCAUACCCACAGCAUGAACUUGCUAAAAAACAGAUGACAGGCUUUGGUGGUAUGGUGACUUUUUUUCAUCAAAGGGAAUUUGGAGAAUUCCAGAAAGUUUUUCAAAUCAUCUAA